AGAGCGGCUCAGUUCAGUGUAUGAGAAGUGCAUUGGGAGCAUCUUCUAAGCACAGCAGAGAGCUCCUGUGUGGGACAUAGAGGCUACAAGUGCACGACUUUGGGAAAAUUGCAGGAAAAAAUGGCACAGACAGUUACCCUUAAUGGCCCAUCUCCUUGGGGAUUUAGGCUUGUAGGGGGCAAGGAUUUCAGCACCCCACUGACUGUAUCAAGGAUUAAUCCCGGAAGCAAGGCCGCUUUGGCUAAUUUAUGCCCAGGAGAUAUUAUUCUGGAAAUCAAUGGGGAAAGAACAGAAAACAUGACUCAUUUAGAAGCACAAAACAAGAUAAAGGCUUGUUCUAACCACCUGAUGCUUUCCGUGAACAGGUGUGAUAGGAAGAUGUGGUCACCCAGUCCCACGAUCAGUCCCACAGAAGAGUUAAAAAAGCAGCCACGAAAAUACAGUCUGGAGGCAGAAUUACAGGAUAUUUUCCCAGGAGAAAACACUCAAAACAGAAGAUCGACACCUGUAUCACCACGAUGCAGCCCAAGUGAUGGGCGACCUCCUCUAAACUACCAGUACAACAACCCCUCCAGGCUCUACACAAAUAAUAACAACAAUAACGGAGACGCUAACUUAUCUUCACAUAUGGGCAGAAUCAGUAUUUCUUCCCCACAAAGUGCUGACCCCUUGAACUAUGUUCAAAGAGGCAAGAACGGAAUUGACAUUGAGUCAGAUGUGUACAAAAUGCUUCAGGAUUAUGAAGAACCUGUGUCUCAGCCAAAGCAGUCUGGUUCAUUCAAAUACCUGCAGGACAUGUUGGAAGCAGGAGAAAAUGGUGAGAAGCUGGAAAGGCCGGCCAGCUCAAGGAACAUAAAAUCACCAGUAUCUAAACUCAGCAGCCCUUUGCCUGGCUUACAGCUGCUCCCUCAGUGCACCAGAUGUGGAAAUGGGAUUGUUGGCACGAUAGUAAAGGCUCGAGACAAACUCUACCAUCCUGAAUGUUUUAUGUGCGAUGAUUGUGGCCUCAAUUUGAAGCAAAGAGGAUAUUUCUUCAUUGAAGAACAGCUAUAUUGUGAAACUCAUGCCAUGGAGAGAGUCAAGCCCCCAGAGGGAUAUGAUGUUGUUGCUGUGUAUCCAAAUGCAAAAGUUGAACUGGUCUAAAAGCUCUAUUUUGAUUAAAAUGUUCUCAGUACAUCACAGAGCAGUGCAUUCUGGGAUAUAAAUACAACAAAGUUGGUUUCACAAGACAAACAAUCUUAGCACAUAAUAUAUUCCUUGCCAAGAAAACAAUGCAAAACCACAAUAUAAAGGCUUCAGAAAAAAUGCAAUUUAGUCUUAAUGAUACAGGAAAAAUAUCUGGAAGGGUAAGCACAUGAAAUUGUUUAUUUGUAUAACGUUUUUUGUUUGUUGUUUUUCAUCCGCUCAAUAUCUUUGUUUUAAUGUUUAAUACGAGAGUUUGUGUGCAAUUUACAUUUUCGUAUCUGACACCAAUAGAAAUAUUUUGUAAAUAGUGAUUAAAACUGCAUAUUUUCCAAUAAAAACAACAUUCUUUUA